AUGAAGGAGGCGAGGGAGAAGAGUUUGUUCUGGGGUGAGGUGAAGGGCGAGGUGGAGAAGUUGGGGAGUCGGGCCGUCGUGGGCGUGAAGGGGCAGUUCGAUUCAUUUGGGAAGACACAGCCUGGAUACUAUGGUGAACUGGGCUCCAUGGUCAUCCAUCAGACGCUGUACAACCUCUUUCCACCCACAUCCUUCCACACGCCCUCCAUCGCGCCCUUCACUCCAUCCGAAUUCAUCCAACGCAUCCUCGUCCCGGAAGCCGCGCUUUGGCUCAUCAUGGAAGACACGGGUCAACCGCCCGAGGAAGCCAUCAAGACGAUGCGAGAAAGCGCCGCGUACGGAGUCACGAUGUUCCCAGACGGGAGGCGAGGCGGAAAGUAUGGA